AUUUAAAUCAAGUUGAUAAAUUUCAAAAUAAAAAAAUUCAAAAAUUUCAUCGUUAACGGAUAAUAAAAUAUUUAAAUAAAAAAUAUUAUAUAAAGAAUGUCAAAAUUUUGUGGUGUAAUUUCCAAACGCAUAAAUUCUGAAGAAGUGGAACCACUGCGCUUCAGUCACUUGGAAAUGUUAACAAAAUGGUUGGCGAGUGAAACUGAAUCUCUCCAAUCUGAUUUCGCCACUAAAAGCGAAGCUGUGCAUGAUUUACAAAAGCAAGUCAUACAGAAUGAGCAGAAACUUAUCGAAAUCAACGAUAUCAUGGAAGUGCUCAAAGAAAAAGUGACCGCCACGGAACAUGAAGUGGCAGUGAAUGACGCGAACAUAAGAUUGCUUGAGCGCAAUAUCCAAGCGCUCGAAGAUUAUGCGAAUCGUCCACUAACGGCUGCCGGCAUAACCUGCGGCUGUCCAAUUAUACGUGAGCAACAGGAACAACGCUGUAUGCUAAAUCUGUUGCAGAAUACAGAUCACAAUAUGGCACAGCUUCAUCUGUUAAUGAAUGAGUUUCAGGAAUUACAGCCAUACGUGCAGCGUAUGAGUAGUCCGUAUUACACAAUUAGCGGCAUAUUGGAUUGUCAUGCGAAUACUUUGAAGCAAACUGAAAGGAAUCUGGAUAAUUUAGUUGAAAAAAUGCAUGCGGUUGAUGGAAUGCUACAACUGGCAUUGCUACAUCUCGCUGCUUCGCGUCAACAAAGGUCCCACUCUGCGCCGCCAACUUGCUGUAAACCAAUUGGUGAUGGUCCUGCAAAUAUGCGAGCUUAAAUUCAUGUGAAAAAAAAUAUUUCAAAUUUGUUAUAAAAUAUUUGGCAUAUGGGGUUAGGUGUAGACACUUUAAAUAAUUUUUUUUUGCCAAUAAAAAGUAAAACCCUACUAUCAUUAAAUAAGGUUUCGGCUUGACUCGACAGAUAUUUGAAAAACAAAUUUUUUUUUGAAGUAAUGACUGUUCGAGUGAUUUAAUUCCAACCAUAACCGUUGGAGAUUCAUCUGAAAUAAAUCGGACAAAUAAAAAUAGUUUUAUUAGUAGAUAGUCUAUUGCCUGAUCCAAGUUUCGUUUCUUUUUUUUUAAUUAACGAAACGACGCCCUUAACGGAAAGAAGCAACAAUUAAUUGUUUAUAACAAAAUCCAAAUUAAAAAAUCUUUCGAUCAGGCAGUAAUUUUUCAUUGAAAUGUUCCGACCGGUUUUCGAAAUACAGGGGUCACCAGUUCAAAAAACAAAGUUUUGAGAAAAACGUCUUUGAAGUUUAGCAUUUAUGUUCUAAAGCGCCCGAGAACUUUUUGAAAAUUCUAACUACUCCUAACCCCUUAUGAUAAUAUGCAAAUACUUAGACCAGCGCAGUACUCCAACUAGGUUUUUGAUAUAUAAUGAAAUUUCUUUUCAAAAAUUUCCAGUAAAUCAUCCACAUUAAAAAUUACAGUCCCUACCAACUAAAAAUACAGUUAGCAAGCAUUAAGCAGAGUUAUAUUGCUUCAGCAUUUCAAACAACACUUUCCACUGUUCCAAUAAAUUUAUUAUGUAAUAAAAAACUAGCGAAUUGAUGAUUUCUCUUAA